GCAUCCUCUACUCAACACUAACAACCACCGCGCAAUACCCGUCUCCACUGUUGCCUCGUCUCGACGCAUCUGUUUAUCGCAUUGAAGAUACGCGUAAACUGCGUGUAUCGCGCCCCUCGUUCCAUUACCGGACAGCAGCUACGACCCACCCCUCCACGCUCGCUUUCCUAGCCACACCGCUGCCCGACCGCCACUCGCUACUAUCACAAUCCCUCACGAUGACUCGGAUACUACUUCCCCUCGCGCUCCUCGCCGCUCUGUCUCCACUUGUAAACGCCGGCGUCAAGUUCACAUCACCGAGCGCGGGUGACAAACUCACGGCUGGCACAGCCGUUACCGUGAAAUGGGAAGAGGGCGGCUCUGGACCUGCGCUGACAGAUCUGACGACUUAUCAGCUGCAGCUGAUUGUAGGAGGAAAUGAAGGCUCUGAGCAGUUCGUAGUGGGUACCAUUACACCCAGCGGUGCAUUCACAGCUGGCAACACAGCUUCGGGUAGGAUCGAAGUAGGCAUGUCUGAGGACUUGAAGACCGCCAAUGCCUACUUCAUCAAGAUGAUCGCAGUCGGAAAGACUGGUGGUCAGCUCGUCACCUACUCUGACCGCUUCCAGUUCUCUGGCUUCACAGGCAAAAACAUCCUCAACCCUACUGUCAAGAAGGCUGCGGAGGACAUCUCCACCACCGCUGGACCAGCAACCGAAGACACAACGACCGAUGGAACCGACCCGGCUGCAGCGGACCCUGCUGAGGGCGACUACGGUGUGACUUACACGAUGCAAACGGGCCCUACGCGUUAUGCGCCCAUGCAGCCUGUACCACCUACAAAGAUUACCGCCAAGAACACGAAGCCGCUGUAUCCUACCAGCAGCGUCAAGAUUGCAAAGUCGAAGCUGCCAAUACCGACCAUCCAGACUACGCUCACGCAGAGUCAAACAUUCUCUGUUAAGAGCAUGGAGAACACGGUUGCCGCGGCUCCUCACGCUACCGACGAUAUGGCCAAGUACCUCAGACGCUGGCAGGACUAGUCUUCCUUUUUCGAAAAGCAUAAUCGAUCGACCACUCAACGCAACGGACGAAGAUGAACGACCAACCUAUACCGACUUCGAUAGAUGAUAAACGUUAGCGCAUGGUGUGGCUGUCCAUUAUUGUGUGAAAGAUUAAGGGUUGGGGAUUUGAAAGCACGAAUUGCAUUAAACAGCUCGUCGCUCGUAUGAACAAUGGGUUGUCUUGAGGUAUUUUUGGUCUACGCGGAGCGUAAAAUAGGUUCGCGCUGAAUAAUGAUGGCAUAGCGGACUGGCGUCUGGAGCUCAAGCGUGUUUAUUGGCGUUGAACGACUUGUUCUGGGUUGAGAAAUUAGACAUGAUCAUGUAGCAUUACAAAAAUUAUCAACCCGACAUCCGCUUCACAGGGCGAAGAUUUGCGACGUACAUCUUUUGACAGUCGGAACGAAUAGAUGCA